AUGAAUACUCCGAAGCUGGUGAUGUUGGGGCCACCUGGAUGCGGCAAGGGAACGCAGUCGAAGCUCCUUUCCGAGAAGUAUGCAAUUCCACAUGUCAGCUCUGGGGAUAUUUUGAGGGAUGAGGCAAAGAAAGGUAAGUGGCAGCAAAUAAUUUUAGAAACGGCGAUGGCUGAAGAGAUAAGAAACGUGAUAAAGACAGGAGGGCUUGUGCCCGAACGUGUUAUGAACGAAGUCGUUCUUGGCAAGAUCAGAAGCAUGGAAGGAUACAUUCUUGAUGGGUAUCCAAGGAAGAUUGAGCAGGCGGAGAUGCUGGGCGAGGUUGGCAUGGCAGUGUUUAUAAAUGUUGAUCGGGAGACGUGCAUCCGGCGCAUAUGUGGGAGAAAUGAGGGAAGGAACGACGACAACGAGGAGAUAGGAAGGAGGCGGUAUGAUGUUUACAGGAAAGAAACCGAGCCGAUUAUUGAGUAUUACAAGGCAAGGGGAAAGCUGGUUGAGAUUUAUGGGUGUAUGGAGUGUAGCGCAGUCUUCUCUGAGGUGUGCAAGGCGAUUGAACGGAUGAAUUAA